GUGACAGGGCCACACCACAGUGUUCAGAGCACACAACAGGACAGGACACACCAGAGCUGUGCUGUGAGGAGCCCCCACACAGCGCACUCAUUCGUGCCUGACCCAGAGCUUUUUGAGGCAUUACUCCUGCAGCUGACCUCGCGGCCAGACUGCGGGAUUUUGUGACUCAGACCUUUCCCAAAGCAUCUUCUAUGCCUGCGGCCUGUGCCCUUCCAGGCUAGACUGUGGGAUUUAGUGACCUGAAUAAUUUACAUGGAAUCUCCUGUCAUUGUGUCAGGAGCUCUCAAAACCAGAGAGUGAGAUUUGGUCACCUGAAUCAUUUACGACCAGUCAUUGGUCUCCUGACAUUGUGGCAGGAGCCAUCAAGACCAGAGAGCAGGACUUGCUGACCUGCAGCCUUCCUGAGGCUUCUCUGUCACAGGUGCCCUCCAGGCACAACUGCACAACUUGUUGCCUCAGAGCAUUCCUGAGUCAUCUCUCUCUAGAAGGUGCCCUCGAGGCCAGACUGCAGCAUGGCGGGCAGGUUCCUCAGCCUGUUCAGGAAGAAAAAAACUGAAGGCCCUGGAACUGCCCCAGCACAACAGCCUGAGGAGCCAGAGCAGUUCCAGACAUGUCAGGAUGAUGCAGCCAUGGACCCGACACGAGAGCAGCAGCCUGCCCGUGACAGCUUCCACAGAACGCUGAAGAUGUUCUGGAAGUUUGUGCCCAUUCAGCAUAGAAAGACCAGCACUACAGCAACUGAGGGCACAGAUGAGCCUGACUCUGGGCUGACCGAGCUCUCAGCAGAGCCUGAUGUCAGCCCAGAUUCAGCUAAGUGCUCAGAAAACUCUGACACCUCAGCGACUGAAGACUGGGCAAAGGCUCUCCUCAUAUCAAUGACUGAGGAUGUGGUCAUCACGUACGCUAUCAAUAGAGAGACUCGGGGCAUAACAAAGACUGAAAUCAGCCCAGAUUCGUCUGAGUGCUCAGAAGACUCUGACAGCACAAUGAAUGAUCACAGGGCAAAGGCUGUCAUACCAGUGAUUGAGCACAUGGCCAUUGCAAACACCAACACCGGUGGGACUCAGAGGAUCACAAAUACUGACACCACACCCACUCCCACUGUGAUUCACACUCCUAUUAUGGAUUUUUUCGAGGAAAGUGCUGUCUCUUCUCUGCAGCAGGUAACCAGCCUGGGGCCAGGGCUGGAGGCCUCCCAGGUGCCAGACAUUGUAAGGACCAUUCACCAGAGUAUUAUGUUCCACGUCACUGUGUGUGCCAGGCUGCAAAUCAACAUUCUGAGGCUGGCUGAAGAACACCCUGAUGACGUGGUGCUGAGCCUCCUUCACUGUGCUCCAACAUGUGACAGAGCUGCCACAAUGAUGUGGAGAGUCAUAGCUUCUUCAGGACCAACACUGCAGAAGGUGCUUCCAACACUGCUCUGUGUGAUGGAGCACUGGCCACUGUACAGGAUGUGCACUACCAGUGGGGACAACAAGGACGUUUUUGCCCUGGCUGCAGCUCUGGUGCUCUGGGUGAUUGUGCCUCAGUGCCACAAGGCAGUGAUCCCUUAUUCUGGGCGGCUGUUUGUGGCUCUGCUCUUCCAUGUUGUCAUCACCACACAGCAGAUGCCACCAGAGGAAGUUGGUACCUUCUGGAAAGCAUGCAAGGAGGAACAUUGCCUUCCCAGCAACCCCAACAGGUUUGCAGUGAAGACCAUGAAGACUCUGCUCCACCGACUGCGGUGUGACAAAGAGUUGAUGACUAUGGAGCGCAAGGGUGUCUGGGACAUGCUGGUCUCUGCUAACACCCAGCACUACGGCACUGGUCUGAUGGCCAGGGAGCUGCGCCGUAUCUUUGUGCCUUUGUGUUCCCUCAUUGCAUUACACCUACUCCGGCUGCUCAACAGGGAGGAGACAUACUGGGAUCUGCCCUUCCUGGCAUUCCUUGUGGAGGUCUUCGAGUGCCUGGACUUGACAUAUGGUGACAACAUCCUGGAGAUAAUGUCGAGGCACCUGCACAGCAAGUGCAGGGAGAGGCGCCGCCUGGCACUCAAAGGCCUCCUGGUGCUCAGCAAGGAUCCCUUGAGGGCCAGAAAAAUGUGCAGUCUCUCUCAAACUCUUCUGGAGCUCCUGGGUGAUGCACAUGGAUAUGUUGUCAGCAUGACCCUCUCUGUGCUCACAAAUAUACUUGAGAAUGAACACAUCCUGAUAUCCAGCACCACUGCCCCAAAGCUGGCUGAGGCACUCCUGCCACUCUUUGACAAGGAUGACAUCCAUAUGCAGCUGCUCUCCCUACACCUCUUCUUCAAGGUGAUGGACUUGGCAGUGGACAAAAGAAAAAAGCCCCUGAAGAGGAUUGUGAGGCAGAGCCUGCUCCCACUCUUCUUUCAUUGCUAUGAUGAGAACAAGCGUGUGGCAAAGGCCUCUCUUCAAGUGCUCCUUUGUGUGACCACAUUCCUGAAGAAGAAGAAGCUCAAGAGACUGCUGAAGAAGAAGAAGAUGUGGAAGUUUCACAACUGCCUGCUGGCACAGGACAGGAAACGAGCGGCCGAGUACGCACGCCAGGCCCUGCCAUACCUGGAGAGCCGGCAGGAGCACCUGAGAGAGGUGGCCAGGAGGUUCAUCGGGUCCGCCAGGAUUCUCUUGAGGGGGCAGAAGGAAGAGCUCCGGUUCCUCAGCGAGGCCCUUCAAGCCUCAAAGAAAAAAACGGUCUAACCUGUGUGUUCAAGAGCAGUUUGCCAGAGAAGCAGAAGAAUUAGAGUCAUCUUCAGGAUCCAGUGAACCAGUGUCCCAAGAACAGCAGUGGGAGACACUGAAGAGGAUAGACACCACCUCCCAGUGCCACUAGAGCUCCAGGCACAGCUGAGCCUGUGGGAAGCUCGAGUAGCUUCAGCCCUCUCCCUCCCUCCAGCCCUGAGACCGUGCCUACCACCUUUUUUUCCCUUCCAGCUCAUCCCUUUGCUUCAUCUUCCAAAUAAUAAACAGUUUGGCUUUUCACUUUA